UCCAUUAUUAGUUUGAUAGUUUUGUUACUCGCACGCCUGCUUCACCCUCCUCCCUCUUCAGCGUGUCGCCGUCGCGCCACCAUCGCGCCGCCCCGACGCCGCCUCCCUCCUGCUCAGUGUCGCCGCCGCUGCCACUCCCUUCCUUUUCGUUAGAGUUUCCUUGUCGCGCCGCACACUCCAAUCGUCUUCCUCUCUCGGUCUCAGUGUUAAAUUCAGCAUUAAAUCAUUCAGGCCUCAAGCCCAACUCAUGGACAUCUAUCCAAAUACCCUCUUCGGUGAAAGGGGGUUAGUUCCAGCUUCAAGUUUUUAUGCUUCGAAGGAAGCAAAGGAAUAGAGUGGCAGAUCGAGUAUGGUGGUAUUUGCAUUCUUUAGUGAUGGCAACGCUGGAAUUGUUUGCUCAAGAUGAAGAUAAAGAUGUGACUCCUGCAGAAAUGAAGAUGCAUAAGAUGACAAAAACUAAGUGCCGCGAUGGUUCUGAUAAAAGGGAUGAUGGAGAGAAGAAGAAGGAGAAGAAGGAGAAGAAGAAGAAGAAGAGGAAGGAACAUAAAAUUCGAAAGGACGACCAUAAAGAAGAAAUAGAAUCGGAAACAGAACAUUGUGUAAAGAAAGACGAGGAAAAAGAAGAAAUAGAACCUGAAACAGAACCUUGUGUAGAGAAAGAUGAGGAAAUGCAAAUGCAGGAGAAGAAAAAUGAUAACUUGUCUGAAGGCCUUCAUAGAAAGAGUCAUAAAAGAGGGACAGAUAGUGGCAAAGAGAAGAAGAAGAAAAAGAAACAGAAAGUUGAGGAUUCCAGAGAAAGUUCUUGUUUACCCAUCAACAAGGAGAAGAAGAGGAAGAAAACAAAAUUUGUUGAAGAUGGAUCACCAGAAAAGGUUCAUGAAGGAGGAGCAGGAUUGAGAGAGAACGGGGACAUCGCUAGUCCUUCCAAAAGACUUUCUCCCAAGGGAUCAUCUAAGAAAGUAAGUUUUUCUGAUGAUGUGGAGAUUUUUCCGUUAGUUGAUGGCCAAAGUAGUGAAAAAACUAAGCAAGACGAUGGUUUAAUAAGAGGUAAGCGGUUUUCUAAAGAAGAAGAUGAGAUGGUUAAAAAGGCUGUCUUAGAAUACAUUGAGGAACAUGGGCUUGGUGACGAAGGUCUCAAAAAGGUUCUUCACUGCAGGGAGUUUCCUGAAGUGAAAAAUUGUUGGAAGGACAUUGGAAAAGCCUUAUCUUGGAGGCCUUAUUUGAGCGUAUAUUAUAGAGCUCACAUUUUGUUUGAAAGGGAUGAUAAGCGUAAAUGGACACCUGAGGAAUAUGAACUUGUUCGAAAGUUUCAUGAUAAACAUGGAUCGGAUUGGAAAGUAUUGGCAGAUGCCCUGGGAAAACAUAGGUUCCAUGUGAAAGAUACAUGGCGACGAAUAAAACUCCCCAAUAUGAAGAAAGGACACUGGACGCAAGAUGAGUACCAGAAAUUAUUUGAUUUAGUGAACACAGACCUGCGACUCAAGGCUUUUGAGGAAAAGAAAUCCAAGCACGGAAUGCUACGUGACAAUAUAUGCUGGGGAGCAAUUAGCGACAAGUUGUCCACAAGAUCAACUGCUCUUUGCUGCCAGAAAUGGUAUCGCCAGUUGACAUCACCAAUGGUUGCGGAGGAUGAAUGGGCAGAUGUCGAUGACUACCAUCUUAUCGAUGCUCUCUCCAGCUUGGAUGCUUGCUCCAUUGAAGAUGUGGAAUGGGACCAACUGCUUGAUCAUAGGAAUGGAGAUAUAUGUAGAAAGCGAUGGUCCCAAAUGGUCAAACACAUAGGUGAGAGUGCCAACAAGUCAUUUUCUGAACAAGUUGAAGUUCUCUCCAAGCGAUAUAGCAUUGAUGUACUUGAUGCAAGAGAAGCCUAUGACAGUGCACCUAUAGUUGAUUAGGCAUGACAUGGUUCAAAUCUCCUCAUAGCCAAUGAUCUCAUCAGCUAUCUUUUCCUCGUUCAGGAUGGAUGAUUUCAAGAUGUCAUGUCUGAUGGCAAUGUGUAAGUUGAUAUCUUCCUCAUAUUGUUUCCUUAUUUUGUAAUGGAAAAAUACUUCUUCCUACAUGAAAUGUUAUGUCCGUUUAUUAGAAUUUGGUUGAAGUCGGUAGUAAUGUUGGGAUGGAUUGAUUAGAAGACUGGUGAUUGUUGCGGUUGAAGUUUUUGUCAUACAAGUUCGAAAAUAUAUUAUAUUUUUAUUUUGGUUUCUAUACC